AUGCUGGGUAGCGAUAGAGACGGCUGCGACAGCGAUAGCGACGGUAGAGAGACCGUGGGCACUGACAAAGUCGGCAAUGACAGCGAUGGGAUCGACACAGAGAGCGACGGGACCGAUGCCGAAAGCGAUGGCAGCGAUACUGAUGGCACCGGCAAUGAUAGUGACGGUAUCGAGACUGUUGGGACCGACAAGCUAGGUGCCAACACAGAAAGCGAAACAGAUGGGACCGAAACCGAAACCGAAAUCGAAGGAAGUGAAAGGGAUGGAAUCGAGAUCGACGGAGUCGCCAGACCAGAUGUCCUGAGGGAGCUCGUUGGGAACAACAAGAGAGCGUCGACCAAGCAUUGA